AUGAAGUCGCAUUACUUUCUUUCUCUGUUGCCCUGCCUCAGCAGCGGCGUCCAGGCUUUCCCGGCUUACAUGAACGAUCUCCCAGACAAUGUAGCUUCGAAACUUUCCGACAAGCUGGCAGGUGCCUUCCACGAGGUUCACGAGAAGAGGUUGCUAUUCGACCCAUUGACGGAGCCCAUCGAUGUUAACGGCGAUCACGAGUUCAUCGCCCCCGAUUUCGAGAAUGGCGACGAGCGAGGACCCUGCCCGGGUCUGAACGCACUGGCGAACCACGGUUAUAUCGCGCGCGACGGUGUUACGAGUUUGGUCGAGGUUACCGCGGGUAUCAACACGGUGUUUGGCAUGGGUAUCGACAUUGCAUCUAUUCUGGCAAUCAUGGGCACCGUUUUCGUUGGAAACCCGUUGUCCCUGAACCCGGGUUUCUCCAUUGGAUACACCUCCAGCAAGUCCAACAACAUUCUCGGCAACGUUCUUGGGCUCUUGGGUACACCCAGAGGUCUCAAUGGUUCGCACAACAUUAUUGAAGGAGACUCGUCUCUGACUCGUGGCGAUCUCUACAUGACUGGCGAUGCCACUACCAUGGUGAUGGACCAGUUCCAGGCUUUCUACGACAUGUCUUCCGGAGAGGGAGACUACAACUACGACGUCUUCGGCAAGCGAGCUGCCUCUCGUUUCCAGGAGACCAUUGAGACCAACCCCAACUUCUACUACGGCCCUUUCACCGGCAUGAUUGCUCGCAAUGCCGGUUACCUCUUUGCUUGCCGCAUGUUCGCCAACCACUCUGCCGAGAACCCCACUGGCCUGUUGAACAAGGAGACCUUGAAGAGUUUCUUCGCCGUCUCGGGUGAAGAGGGUAACUUCACCUACAACAAGGGUUGGGAGAGAAUCCCGCAGAACUGGUACCGCACCCCAGUUGAUUACGGUCUGGUCCAGCUCAACUUGGAUCUCGUUGGCUGGAUUCUUCAGUACCCCGAGCUUGGAAGCAUCGGUGGUAACAUGGGAGAGGUCAACAGCUUUGCUGGAGUCAACCUCGCUGACCUGACCGGCGGCGUGCUCACUCUGACGAAGCUCCUGGAGAACAACAACCUCCUGUGCUUCGUGUUCGAAAUCCUGAAGACCGCAUCGCCGAACUCGCUUUCUACCAUCUUCAAGAUCAUUGAGGUCCCCCUAAAGCUCGUCACGGACGCGCUCGGCGCCGCCAUCCUCAACCUUGCGUGCCCAGCUUUCAAGGACAUGACUGUUGGCGGCAAGAGCUUUGAUGAGGGCAUCAUGGACAAGUACCCUGGAGCAAGGAUGUCUGGAGAUGUUCUCUGA